AUGGCAAAAAUAAUGUCUGUGUGGCUAAUGGUGAUCAGCCACCCGUUAAAGGUGAGUUAUUUAUCUCUGCAUAAGAGCUACGAGGGAGAGCUGUCACUGAGAUGGACUCCGAAUCAGCUGAUGCACGCCAGUUCACAGCCGUCAUCCGCUUCUGGUAAAGAGGCCGAACAACAGUGGUUAUGGAAAGCAGGCUCUCAUCGUAAAUAUGGAAGAUAUCAUCUACAUUCAUCUACACCAGAGAGAUGA